UCCUCUUGCCUCUGCUGCGUUACCCGCGACAAUACCAUCACGAACAGCACUGCCGAUUUGGGGAUCGCACUAGCUGAUUAAUUAAUUCUCUUUACUUCGCUUUUCGCGCCUUUUCAGUCUCACAAGAUGGAGGAAGAAGUUGCUGCCCUCGUCAUCGACAAUGGCUCCGGCAUGUGCAAGGCCGGUUUCGCUGGUGACGAUGCGCCGCGCGCUGUUUUCCCGUCCAUCGUCGGUCGUCCCCGUCACCAUGGUAUCAUGAUCGGCAUGGGGCAAAAGGACUCGUACGUCGGUGAUGAGGCUCAGUCCAAGCGUGGUAUCCUGACGCUGCGCUACCCCAUCGAGCACGGUGUCGUCACCAACUGGGACGACAUGGAGAAGAUCUGGCACCACACCUUUUACAACGAGCUCCGUGUUGCUCCCGAGGAGCACCCCGUACUGCUGACCGAGGCUCCCAUCAACCCCAAGAGCAACCGCGAGAAGAUGACGCAGAUUGUCUUCGAGACCUUCAACGCCCCUGCCUUCUACGUCUCCAUCCAGGCCGUCCUGUCGCUCUACGCCUCGGGUCGUACCACGGGUAUCGUGCUUGACUCGGGUGACGGUGUCACCCACGUCGUGCCCAUCUACGAGGGUUUCUCGCUCCCGCACGCCAUUGCCCGUGUCGACAUGGCUGGCCGUGACCUGACGGACUACCUGAUGAAGAUUCUCGCUGAGCGCGGUUACACCUUCUCGACCACGGCCGAGCGUGAAAUCGUCCGUGACAUCAAGGAGAAGCUCUGUUACGUUGCCCUCGACUUCGAGCAGGAGAUUCAGACCGCCGCCCAGAGCUCCAGCCUGGAGAAGUCGUACGAGCUUCCCGACGGACAGGUCAUCACCAUCGGCAACGAACGAUUCCGUGCUCCUGAGGCCCUCUUCCAGCCCUCUGUCCUAGGUCUCGAGAGCGGCGGUAUCCACGUCACCACCUUCAACUCGAUCAUGAAGUGUGACGUCGACGUCAGGAAGGAUCUUUACGGCAACAUUGUCAUGUCUGGUGGUACCACCAUGUAUCCUGGUCUCUCGGACCGUAUGCAGAAGGAGAUCACUGCUCUUGCUCCUUCGUCGAUGAAGGUCAAGAUCAUUGCUCCUCCCGAGCGCAAGUACUCGGUUUGGAUCGGUGGUUCCAUUCUCGCCUCCCUGUCGACUUUCCAGCAGAUGUGGAUCUCGAAGCAGGAGUACGACGAGAGCGGCCCCUCGAUCGUGCACCGCAAGUGCUUCUAAA